CAGAAACUAUGGAUGACUUUGGAGAAAACACAAUUAUUGACAGUCCAGCCUCAACCCAAGAGUCUUUUUACACCGCACGAAGCGCUUCCAGCAGAUCAAGUCUUCCACGGAACACACUAGGUGUAGCGGAAACUGCGCAUACCAAGUGUUCAGAUGUCGGAAGAUCAACUAGCGGAGCCAUUGAAACCCACGAUGAUGGGACUGGACACAGUGAAAACAUUGCGCACAACAACACCGGAUCUAAUGGUCCAGACUCUGGCAAGCGACGAAGUUCCCCAAACCAUGCCCAGGACACAACGGUUGCACAUGCAACGGACCAGAGGACCAAUAGUCCACUACGGUGGUUAAAUUAUAGAGAGAUGAUUCUAGGAGCUUCGAAAUUUUGGCCCCAUCUGAAAAACGUCGGAGCCGCGGAAUCGAAAUGUCGCAAUAUCGAUAGCGGAUGUGUAACAGUUCACAGCUCGUGUACUCUCUGGAACGGACACUUAUGGGUAGAUAUGCCCCACUAUCCUGUUAAGGAUUUAGGAGAUAAACAGCAUCUGAUCUCCAACCUGGCUCACAAGUGCCUCUUUGCACAAAACAUGAAACGGUUUUUCAUUGUCGAAGAUCUUACGCCCUAUAUGAUCAACACACUUGGUACGACCUUUGGAAUGAACCCCGAAUUCUUCGAAGAGCAUCUCCUUCAGUCGGGCUUCCUUGGCGAUUCACAGGACAAUGAGGAUUCCGCUACAUGGCGUACCAACGGGAUUUUGAAAGACUAUUUUUCUCUUCGUUGGUUUCGGCCAGUACUUCGACGCUUCUCUGAGCCUCCUGAUAAAUGGGAUCGUCUCAAAUUGAUCAGUAACAAGGACCAACAAAUUGAAUGGGGGCAUGUCACUAAGAUUAGAGAGGAAGAUCUUGCUGUAGGGCCAAACCAAGCAGAUGACGAAACAGUGCGAGAACUAGAAAAGGAAUCAAAACGCGGUCGGCAUUGUGUGAGUGCCUCGAGCAACAUCUUCCGUCAAGAACGCGCUCUUAUCACGGAUCGUAUACGGGCAAUGAAGAGCGCCAGCGGAGCUCAUGUAGCAUGGGAAGAACGAGCGACAAUGUAUCGUACGGUCAUCAAAGGUGUGGAAACUGUGGUUCUUCUUGUGGAUCCUCUACCGCGUCUAAAUCAUGAUAUUGUCUUGCUGGAACAACAACAACAAGGGGAUCGUAAUGUCACGAAAAUAAAAUCAUCACGAAGAGUAUCGGAGAUUGCGUUCAUGACAAUUUAUCCGCGAAGCGCUCCAGUUGCCUUUCUGGGAUGCCCUAUGGCAAGCAACCACCUUGACGAUCUGGAAAAGCAAUACACGAGAAUAACACCAACUCGAGACGAUAUUAACAGCUGGCUAUAUCCUCAGGCACAAGGUGGUCAAUUAUACUCUCAUGCUCGCUAUACAGAAGUUACAUUAGCACUUUUGCAGGUGGUCAAAAGGGAUGUCUAUGCGUUCAUGAGCCUUCUGAACGCUGCAUUGGGUGAAAUUGCCCAGGACUCUAUAAACGAAAGAAGCAUAGAAGAACGACUUCCUCACUGGCGAUCGCUCAUAAACACAUAUCAACAGGAGUUACCAAAACUUCGAGAGUCGUUGCAAGGGUUCUAUCAGUAUGCUUUCGCUCAGAAAUACGACCAAGAUGCUCAUACCACAAUCACCGAUCUCGACUCCAAACUUGAGCUGUUGAUGCAACGGCUUGAGAAGACAUACGUUGCAUUGCGAGCAGAGCUGGCAAUCAUUGAAAGUAAGCGUGGGAUUGCAGAAGCCGAAGGCGUCAGCAAGCUCACCGAACUUGCUUUCAUCUUCAUUCCGUUGACAUUCGCUGCGGGCGUAUUCAGCAUGCAAAUACAGGAGCUUCAGGACCCUGCUUCACUCCGGUCAUUCAUCGUUGCGGCCUUUCUCUCCGUAGCGGUCUCUUACGCAAUUAGACUUGCUGUCCGAAGCCCCAUGGUCAUUGACAGCAAAGAAAGAGUGUUCAAAAUACUACGCGAAAGGAAACCUUUCGCAGACAGAGUUUCGACACACGCUUUUAUUAUGUGGCUGGGCCCUGGGCUUUUAUCGGCCUUCAACUGGGCAUUUCAGGAAGUUAUGUCGGCUUUCUUCUGGCUUUGUUAUAAGGUCGGAGCAGCAAAUUUCGUCCGUCUGGCAGCACUAUCUAUUUUCAUUCCUGUCACUAUCAGCAUUUCUACUCAAGCUCAGCUGAGUGGCAGCUUCCGUGGUGCCAUUAUAGCAUUGCUCUUCAUAGUACUUGCUGCUGGUACAUGGGUUUGCAUCAACGCAAUCCAAGCGGAUCGGAUAAGUUUAUCUAGUUGGUCAUAUCUGCUGCCUACUUGGAAAAGAUUCCGCCUACAAAGUAGCGCAUUUUCGUGGAAGGGGAGAUAUAGGCGUAAGGAGAGUGUAACGACAAUUUCUUCUGCUUGA